AAUUUUUUCUAGUAAGCACUAGUCUUGCAUACACAAAGGAUACCUUCUUCCAUGGCGGCUAUUCACGGAGCCUCUUUCUCUUCCUCCUCUUCUUCCACUUCUCGACGGGCUUAUGAUGUAUUCUUGAGUUUUAGAGGCGAAGAUACUCGCAAAAAUUUUACUGGUCAUCUAUACACAGCUUUGCGUCGAAACGGAAUCAACACCUUCAUGGACAACAAUCUUAGAACUGGAGAAGAAAUUUCCCUAACACUUCUCAAAACCAUUGAAGAGUCUAAGAUUUCAAUCAUUGUACUCUCUAAAAACUACUCAUCAUCCCAAUGGUGCUUGGAUGAGCUAAUGAAGAUUCUCGAGUGUAGAAAAACAAUGGGGCAAAAUGUUCUUCCGUUGUUCUACGGUGUAGAUCCGUCGGAAGUACGAAAUCAAACCAAUAGUAUUGGAGAAGCAUUCGUUAAACUUGAAAAAAGGUUCAAGGACAACAAAAUGAAGGUGAAUGGAUGGAAGACAGCCCUAAGAGAUGUGGCUAAUUUGUCGGGGAUGCCUCUAGGGAACAGGAAUGAACCUGAUUUUAUUCACGAAGUCAUUGAAAAAGUGAAUUCCAUAUUAGUAAAAAAGACAUAUUUCCAAGUUGCCCAAUAUCCAGUUGGAAUAGAGUCCCGUGUGCAAGAUGUGAAGUUGCUUUUAGAUAUGGAGAAGAAUGAUAGUACAUGCAUGGUAGGUAUCUUUGGAAUUGGCGGAAUUGGUAAAACAACUAUUGCUAAAGCCAUCUACAAUUUAAUUGCUUCUCAGUUUGAAGGUAGUUGUUUUCUUGAAAACAUUAGAGAAACUUCCAGCCAAAAGGGUCUGAUCCAUUUGCAAAAUAAACUUCUUUCUAAGAUCCUAGGAGGUUCAAGUCUAAUGGUUGACAAUGUUGAUCAAGGAAUUUCUUUGAUAGAGCAAAGGCUUCACAAUUUAAGGGUACUUCUAGUUCUUGAUGAUGUGGAUCACUUAGUCCAAUUAGAAAAGCUAGCUGGAAAAGGUGAUUGGUUUGGUUUAGGAAGUAGAAUCAUCGUAACAACAAGAGAUAAACAUUUACUUGUUGCACAUGGAGUUGAUUCAACAUACCAAGUGAAUGAGUUGAAUCAUAAUGAAGCUCUUCAGCUUUUUAGUUGGCAUGCCUUCAAAAGUGACGAAUCUAGCGAAAAUUUUAUGGAACUAACAGAAGAUGCAAUAUGUUAUAGUGGAGGAUUGCCACUAGCUUUAACAGUGCUAGGCUCAGCUCUAAAAGGUAGAGAUAUACUUUAUUGGAAAAUUAAAUUGGACGAGUACAAAAGAAUUCCUCACGGUGAUAUCCAAAAAAAACUUAGAAUAAGUUUUGAUGGAUUGGAUGAAAAUGCGAAGAAUAUUUUCCUUGACAUUGCGUGUUUCUUCAAAGAAGAAAAUGUAGAAUAUGUUACAAAAAUACUAGAUUGUUGUGGUUACUACUCAUAUAGUGGCAUUGAAGAGCUAAAGGAUAAGUGUCUCAUAACUCAGUCUUAUAGAUCAUUGGAGAUGCAUGAUUUACUGCAAGAAAUGGGUAGAGAAAUUGUUCGACAAGAAUCACCCAAAGAACCUGGUCAGCGUAGUAGACUAUGGUUUCAUGAAGAUGUUCGUCACGUCCUUGAAGGAAAUACGGGAACAAACAAAGUUGAGGGCAUAUUGAUAGAUUUGCCUAAACAAGAUCUCAUACGCUUGAGUCCCGAAGCUUUUGAGAAGAUGAAAAUGCUUAGAAUGCUUAUAAAUCGUGGUGCACACUUUUUUGAAGAGCCUAAUUUUCUCUCUAACGAGUUAAGAUUGCUUGAUUGGCCCGAAUAUUAUGGAGAAUCUUUGCCAUCUAAUUUUUGUGGACAGAACCUUAGUGUUUUAAGAAUGCCUUAUAGUCACCUCAAGGAAUUGGAGGCAGUCCAGCAUUUCCAAAACUUGACAUUUAUGGAUUUCUCUUAUUGUAAAUUCCUUAAAACAAUCCCGGAUGUUUCAAGGAUUCCAAAUUUAGAGAAGUUGUAUCUUAUUGGUUGCAAAAAUUUACUUGAGGUUCAUCAUUCUGUUGGAUUCCUUAAUAAGCUCAUUGAUUUGUGUCUUAUUGACUGCUCUAAUCUUAGGAGUUUUCCUAGAAGACUCAAGUUGAGAUCUCUAGAGUAUCUUCUUCUAUAUGGUUGCUCAAAGCUUAAGAACUUUCCUAAAAUUGAGUGUCAAAUGGAAUGUUUAAAGUUAAUGGACUUUAAAUAUACCAGAAUUGAGGAUCUGCCUUCACCCAUUGGGUACCUUGUUGGGGUUAAAAAAUUAUACCUAGAUGGUUGCACAAACCUUAAGAAUCUUCCAGAUAAUAUUCAGGUGUUGCAACAUUUAGAGUAUCUUUCUCUCAAUGGUUGUACUGGUAUAAAAGAACUACCUUCAUCCACUGUGUACCUCGUUAGGAUUAAAGGAUUAUAUCUGGAAGGUUGCACAAACCUCAUGAAUCUCCCAAAUGGCAUUUAUCGAUUGCAACAUUUGCAGGACCUUACUUUGAAUAAUUGCAAGCAACUUCGAGAAAUUCUAGAACUUCCACCACAUGUAAAAUAUGUGAACGCCAUGGGGUGCGUGUCAUUGGAUAUAUUUUUAGAAGAACAUAGAAGAUCAUCGUUGAGUCUUGGAAAAAAUGUCCUAACAGAAUCAGUUACCUCCAUUCCACGUUAUUGUCCUUUCAACAGUUUGGAAUAUCUAAAUUUAUCAAGUACUGCUAUUGUUAGCCUUCCUACCUGGUUCAAGAGAUUUGUUGGAUUGAAGCAACUACACUUGGAAGAUUGCAAGCAACUUCGAGAAAUUCCAGAACUUCCACCAAAUAUAAAAUUUGUCCAAUUGCCGUGAACUGCGUCAGAAUAUAGGGAAUGAUGUGCAAAUUCGAUUAUUGAGUGAGGGUCAUCCUAAGGAGCGUCGAUUUGUCUGAAUAUUUCCAUGAAAUAAGAUUUCAGUUUGGUUCAACAUGAUUGUAAAGAUGUUUCAAAUAGUAAUUGUUGUGAAAUAGAUAGUAAUUGUAAAGAUGUUUUGGAUAGUAAUUUGGAACCAGAAGAGAAUACUAGAUUUGCUUUCUCUGUUGUUAUUGGAACAAAAGAUGUACAAGAUGGGGAUUCUUUUUGAAUUCUAGCUUGUUGAAGUCAUCUAUGAUCGUCA